AUGAGCCAGAUGUAUGACGACCAUCGAACGCGCAGUCACAGUGUUCGCGUGAGCAACGGAACCGCCAGCACACACACCAGCUUCUCCAGUGGACGAAUGUCAGAAGCUACCAAUAUCACCCAGCCGCCCUCGUACUCAAAAAAGUUCGUAGUGGUGGGGGAUGGUGGCUGUGGGAAGACGUGCUUGUUGAUCAGUUACUCGCAGGGAUACUUCCCAGAGAAAUAUGUUCCGACCGUGUUUGAAAACUACAUCACUCAGACCACCCACCGUCAAUCAGGGAAAACUGUCGAAUUGGCACUCUGGGAUACUGCUGGACAGGAAGAGUAUGAUCGUUUGCGCCCAUUAUCCUACCCAGAGACCGACCUUCUAUUCGUCUGUUUCGCUAUAGACUGCCCUGCAUCCCUAGAAAAUGUGGUGGACAAGUGGUAUCCUGAGGUACUACACUUUUGCCCAACAACUCCUAUCAUCCUUGUUGGACUGAAGUCAGAUCUGCGCAACAAGCGAACCUGCAUUGAACUUCUGAAGACCCAAGGAUUGACCCCCAUCACUCCGGAACAAGGUCAAGCGGUGGCUCAGCGGAUGGGAGCGACCUAUGCAGAGUGUAGCAGUAAGGAAAUGCGCGGCGUGGAUGAGGUCUUCGCCAAAGCUGUUGACAUGUCUAUCUCAAUCGAAGAGCAGGGUUACAUGACUCAGCAAUCAGGUCAUCAGCGCAGCAGCAGCAAGCUCUCCACAGGCGGAGGAGGCGGAGGAAGAGUACCAGGCAAGAAGAUCAAGAAGCGAACCUGCAAGAUCUUGUAA